AUGCGAAACUUGCUCCGAGUGCACAAGGAAGUCCGAGACGUGAAUGGAGAUUUCCACUCUCUCAGGACAGUCCUGCAGGAGACCGACAAUAAGUUCAAGUGGAACUUUCUCCUGUUCCCCAAUGACGGAGCCCUGUCACAUCUACCAUUGAUCGGCGAGCUCAUCAUCCCAGAGCGAUACCCGAAGGAUCCUCCUGUCCUCCACCUGUUUACUCGAACUUUCCGGGAGAAUGUCGAUGUCUUUCGUGCCCAUCGCAAUAAUGAUACUCGCAGUACAAUGUGCUUCGAUAUCUUGCGCGCCCAAUGGGAGGGAGGGACCUGGGAUCCCGAAUACACGAUCUCCUGUCUCUUUGCGAGCCUGAUGCAGGCCCUGGUGACACCCCGAGUUCCUCAAGACCACGGGCGUGAUAGGCCAGAGUUUGUCAGCAUGUGA